AUGGCAGAUAAAAAAAAAUUGUCUGGGGCACAAUUUCGUAAACGGAAGGUUGAUAAGCAAAAAGAAGAAAGCAAGCAAGAAGGUUCGUUUCUGAAAUAUCUCCAUCCACUGGCCAGAGAUGAAGGUAGUUCAAUGCCAAAGGCUCAAGCAGAGAUGGAGGUGGGGAUGAGAGUUUCACAAGUUGAAGAAGAGUUUGAAGAACAUAAUCUGAAUAUUGAAGACGAAUCCAAUGAGACACGCGAGGAUCAAAACUUGGAAGACCGUGAAAGCGAAAAUGUCACUCGUUUGAAUUUGAGCUUUAGUGAUCCUGGUACUUGGGCCAAAUGUGAUGAUGAAGUCCGACAAAUUCUGGUGGAACAUGGGCCGGAACAAGUUCAGCAGUUCGAUUUUCCCAAAGAUAGUAAGCAAAGAAAAUUCUUGACAAUUCAUUACAAAUGUAGACUUGUUAAUAGAGAAGAAAUGCACCGUCAGUGGCUGCAGUAUUCCACAUCAAGUGAUUCUAUCUUUUGCUUCUGCUGCAAGUUGUUUGGCAGUAGUACUAUUGGCACAUCAUCUCUUUCUGAAAAAGUCUCAAGGGAUUGGAAAAACAUGUCUGCAAUUCUUUCACGGCACGAGAAAAGGAGUGAACAUUUGACGAAUGUUCAAACAUGGAAAGAACUUGAACUGCGAUUGAAAUACAAGAGAACAAUUGAUGAAGAACAUUUGCGCUUGAUUAAGCAAGAAGAAAAGUAUUGGCAGCAAAUACUAAAACGUCUGAUUGCUUUGUUUGUCGAAUAUCUAGCUUUGUUUGACCUGCUUAUGGAUGAGCAUCUUCGCAGGAUUAAGGACCAGGAGAUGCAUGUACAUUACCUAGGUAAAGACAUACAGAAUGAGCUUAUUCAGCUUCUAUCCAAUGCCAUCAAACAAAAAAUCCUAGCAUCUGCUCGUGCUGCAAAAUACUUUUCAAUCAUUCUAGAUUGUACACCAGAUGCAGGCCACAUUGAACAAAUGACCAUGAUCAUUCGGUUUGUGGAUAGGCCUACUUCAGAGACCGAGAAUGAAACUGAAUCAGUAUGCAUAAAGGAACACUUCUUGGGGUUUGUGUCGCUUAUGGAGACAACUGGAGCUGGUAUGACAGAAACUAUUCUUCACCAGUUAGAAGAGAUGUCACUGCCUAUAGAAAACUUGUGUGGUCAAGGCUACAACAACGGGAGCAAUAUGAAAGGGAAAGAAAAUGGUCUUGGUGACAUCUAUGAUGCUCUGAUAGACAUCUAUGAAGACACUACUCUAACAGGAUCAUCUGGCAAUACGUCACGAGUUGAUGCAAAGGCUCUUACAAAAGUCAUUUCUAGUUUCAGGUUUCUUGUUUCUCUUGUUUUGUGGUAUGAAUUGUUUGAGAUCAACAUGACUAGCAAACAACUUCAGGCAAAAGAAUUCGACAUAUGUGAUGCCAUUUAUCAACUUGGAGAAACCAAGAAGUUUCUUGUGGGCCGCAGAAGUGACGCAGCUUUUGAGAAAACAUUGGUAGAUGCAGGUGAACUUGCGGAGGGGUUGGAUGUACCAGUACUUUUUGAACCAGAUCCAAUCUAUAUUAGAAAGAAGAGGAAGCAGUUCACAUAUGAAGCAGAUGACGAACCUAUUUAUAAUCCGAAAGAAAAAUUCAAAGUGAACUUGUACUUUGCAGUCAUUGGCACAGCAAUACAUUCGGUUGAAGACAGAUUCACAUUGAUGCAGCAAAUUAGUUCAGUAUUUGGCUUCAUAUAUGAUGUUUACAGUUUGCAAAAUAAAACACCAAAGCAAAUUAUGGAACAUUGCUUGAAUCUGGAGCAAGCUUUGCAACAUGGUGAAUCUGAAGAUACUGAUGCCUUUGACUUGUGCAGUGAAUUGCAAGCUAUUGCAAGACCAGUCCUCAGGAGUUCAUCACCGCAAGAUGUAUUGAACUUCAUAUGGGAAAAUAAGCUGACAGAUAGUGUCCCUGUGAUGGUCCACGCCCCCAAGGUUACAAGCGGCGUGGACUAUCUGCCACUGUCUGUAAAAUAG